AGGUCAGCGAGCUUUAUGGAGGAGGAUAUCAACAUGACGCAGAGUUGUCAGGAGCGUCCUCCGUCGUCCAUGUCGCAUCACGGCCAACAUGCAUGCUUGACUCAGAUGCAACUUCUUGAGGAUUUUGGGAACCCGAUGUGCGUCCCUGCGCACAAAGAGUUGUUCGACGACUUCUUCGGGGUCUCACCAGGUGCCACAUCACCAAGACAUAUCAGCAACACCAGCAUGCCUCAACAUGGCAGCAGGAGGUCCAUGUUUGAGCACGGGGCACCAGAGCAGCUAGUGCCGAACUUGGAACCGAAUGGUAGUUUCACAGCCAAGAAGAUGUUUCGUCGGCGAUCUUCAAGUCUGAGCCAUCAGGGCUUCAAGAUCUCAUGUGACGAGAUUGUAUCUGCAGCGAGACAGGACUCGAGGCUAUCAGAGUUGCUCUGUGAACUCAAGCAGCUACCAGCAUCACUGAUGCCUGCCUCAAUCACAAGCAGCAUGAGGGAGAUGACUUGGGAUCAGUUUCGAAUGUUUUACUUCCGCAAUCAACGCGAGCAAGAGAACAAUCGUGGUCUUGAACGAGCUUGUGAAUCAGAAGAUGAAAGAUGGCCAGAACAGAGUCAGUGGAUAGGUUUGAUGGAGGUCAUCGGCGACAGUCAACCUUUAAAUCAUCCUCAUCAUCAAACCAAAAGCUGUUGUCACAACCAUUCAAACAGUGCAAUAUGCACAGGCCAUGUCAAAGAGACGACACGCAGACCUUUCCUCUGGUUUGAAAGCAGAGAGAGGACACAUGAUUUCUUGCAUCACAACAACUCCUCAACUUUGAUCAUCUGCGACCACCGACGAUUCUCUCGCUUGUUGAUGUGCGCUAUCGAGAUGCUCACUAGCUGAACGAUCGGCAAGAACUCAAUGCGGGGGGUAUGUACAGAUCGCACUGCUUGUAAACUUUGUUAUCUACGCUGUCAAUAUGAUUUAAUCAGAUAUUGUUUAAUGUGGUGUGGUCAUCAUCAUUCAUUGUUCCCAUCAAAACUCAGGUUUCGUUCCACAUUUCAGAAUAGUGAGAGUGAAUAUUUUUAAGAGGACAAAUAGACGAAUUUCUCGACAGUGAUCGAAUGUAAUGGAAAAACUAUACAA